CUAACGCUCCUUAGCCACGCUUGCUAUCGCCUUCAGUAUAAUUCACAUGUUGUUAAUGCGCGUCUCGUAUUGACUGGCGUGUUUAUUUAACGAUGGAUACGUCGGCUGACUAGUCAGAAAGUUGGAUAGUUGCCCAGGACGGAGUAAAAGAUCAGCGAAAAUUAGCAGGGGUCAGGGGUGCUUUCUGAGCCAGCCGCGGAAGAACACGGACUAUUCCCCUGUCUGUUACCCCGCUUACUGUGGCAGCGCCCGGCCCAGCCAUGUUCGGCACCGAGUCCUCACUGAGCAUGUUCCUGAACACUCUGACCCCCAAAUUCUACGUGGCUCUGACGGGAACCUCGUCCUUAAUAUCUGGGCUCAUCCUGAUAUUUGAGUGGUGGUACUUCAGGAAGUAUGGGACUUCCUUCAUCGAGCAGGUUUCAGUGAGCCAUUUGCGCCCUCUACUGGGAGGUGUAGAUAACACCUCGCCCAGCAACUCCAACACCAGUAACGGAGACACGGACUCCAGUCGACAAAGCGUGUCAGAAUGUAAAGUGUGGAGAAAUCCGUUAAAUUUAUUCCGAGGGGCAGAGUAUAACCGGUACACCUGGGUGACGGGCCGAGAACCUCUCACCUACUACGACAUGAACCUGUCUGCCCAGGACCACCAGACCUUCUUCACCUGCGACUCGGACCAUCUGCGCCCUGCUGACGCGAUAAUGCAGAAAGCGUGGAGGGAGAGGAACCCGCAGGCCCGCGUGUCCGCAGCGCACGAAGCCUUAGAGCUGGAGGACUGUGCCACAGCCUACAUCCUGCUGGCAGAGGAAGAGGCCACCACCAUCGUGGAGGCGGAGAAGCUCUUCAAGCAGGCGCUGAAGGCGGGAGAGGGCUGCUACAGGCGCAGCCAGCAGCUGCAGCACCACGGGACACAGUACGAAGCACAGCACAGACGGGACACAAAUGUAUUGGUUUACAUUAAAAGAAGGCUGGCCAUGUGCUCCAGGAAGCUGGGCAGAACCAGGGAGGCGGUGAAAAUGAUGAGAGAUUUGUGUGUUUUCCAGUUAAUGAAGGAGUUCCCUCUCCUCAGUAUGUUCAAUAUCCACGAAAACCUGCUGGAGUCCCUGCUGGAGCUGCAAGCCUACGCCGAUGUGCAGGCAGUGCUGGCCAAGUACGACGAUAUUAGUUUACCCAAAUCUGCAACAAUAUGCUACACAGCAGCCCUGCUGAAAGCCAGGGGCGUGUCAGAUAAGUUCUCUCCAGAGGCCGCUUCUCGCCGGGGCCUGAGCACGGCGGAGAUGAACGCCGUAGAAGCCAUACACAGAGCGGUGGAGUUCAACCCGCACGUACCCAAAUACCUCUUAGAAAUGAAGAGUCUGAUCCUGCCCCCGGAGCACAUCCUGAAGAGGGGCGACAGCGAGGCCAUCGCCUACGCCUUCUUCCACCUGCAGCACUGGAAGAGGGUGGAGGGAGCCCUCAACCUGCUGCACUGCACCUGGGAGGGCACUUUUCGAAUGAUUCCGUACCCUCUGGAAAAAGGCCACCUUUUCUACCCCUACCCCAUCUGCACAGAGACGGCAGACAGAGAACUGCUACCAACAGUGUUCCACGAGGUGUCAGUGUACCCUAAGAAAGAGCUGCCCUUCUUCAUCCUCUUCACCGCCGGCCUGUGCUCCUUCACCGCCAUGCUGGCCCUCCUCACACACCAGUUCCCUGAGCUGAUGGGCGUCUUUGCUAAAGCUUUCCUCAGUACCCUGUUUGCACCACUGAACUUCAUCAUGGAGAAAGUGGAGAGCAUCCUGCCCUCCAGCCUGUGGCACCAGCUCACCCGCAUCUAGGACUGCAAUGGACUGCCGACACCUUUGUGCCAAGGUCAUGGGUCUUGUGGACUACAAAACAGGGCAUGAUGGGGGAAAAAAAGGGAAAAUGGAAUAAUGA